AUGGCUCCCGCCACCUACUUUCUCCUCGUUUCUUUUCUAGCAUUGGUCACUUCCCAGGCCAUUGCUUCUGACCCUAGCCCGCUCCAGGACUUCUGUGUAGACGACAUACAUUCUCCAGAUAUGCAUGCACUCACUUUAAUGAAGGUGAGUGGAUUUGUUUGCAAGGACCCCAUGGCCGUGAACGCAGAUGACUUUUUCAAGGCAGCAAACCUUGACAAGCCUAGCGACACCAUGAAAAGCAAGGUCGGAUCCAAUGUCAUGCAGUUUCCUGGACUCAACACCCUCGGCAUCUCGUUGGCUCGCAUCGACUACGCACCAUUAGGUCAGAAUUCGCCACACACCCACCCACGUGCCACAGAGAUUAUCACCGUGCUUGAGGGUACAUUCCAUGUUCGAUUUGUCACCUCUAACACAGACAAUGGUAACAAGCUAUUUGCCAAGGUUCUCAACAAGGGUGACGUGUUUGUAUUCCCCCAAGGGGUCAUACACUUCCAAUUCAACCCGAUCCGUGACAAGCCAGUUGUCGCAAUCGCUGCACUAAGCAGCCAGAACCCUGGGGCUAUUACUAUUGCCAACGCAGUCUUUGGAUCAAAACCACCAAUCUCAGGUGAUGUCUUGGCCAAGGCUUUCCAGGUGCAAAAGGGAACAAUUGAUUGGCUCCAAGCUCAAUUCAGGGAGAACAACCACUACUAA